AUGGGUAAAAGUUCUAAACAAACCAAAAAGUUUCAAAAUAAACAUUUAAAACAUACGAUUGAACAUCGUAAAAAAGUUCAAGAUUUCAAUAAGAAAGCUUCAUUAAGAAAAAAAGGUAAAAAUGGAGGUGAACCACCAGCACGUAAAGAUGGUAAAGCUAAAGAAGUAUUUGAUGAUAUGUCAGUAGAUGAAUUUUUUGAAGGAGGAUUUGAAGUACCUAAGGAGAAAAAAAAAAAGAAACAAAAAGUUGAAAAAGAAGAAGAAGAGGAAUCAUCAGAUGAAGAAGAUAUGGAAAUGAAUAUGGAAAAUUUGGAAGAAGAAGAUCCAGAAUUUUAUAAAUACUUGAAAGAAAAUGAUAAUGAUUUAUUGGAAGGAGUAAAUCCAUUGGAUGCUAUUAGUGAAGAUGAAGAUGAAGAAGAAGAAGAAGAGGAACAACCAGAAUUGGAAGAAGAAAUCACGGAACCACAUACAAAUAAUAAAAUUGAAAUCACCACCAAACUUGUGAAAAAGUGGGAGGAACAAUUAGCAAAACCAACCCCGAAAAUCAUUAGAAACAUAGUAAUAGCAUUUAAAGCAGCGGUCAAUAUAAACAAAGGAGAAGAUUAUAAAUAUAGUGUUGUUGAUCCAAAAGCAUUUACAGAAUUAAUGUUAUUAGUAUUGAAAAAAGUUCCAAUUGCAAUUCAAAAUAUUGUUAAGUAUAAAGUCAAAAAUAAUGUUAGAACCAUACCUCAAAAUCCACAAGCAACUCAAAUUGGAUCCAUAUUAAAGUCUCAUGCUAGUUCAUAUAUUACCUUAUUGGAGGAUAUAACAAAUACAGAAACAGCUGCUUUGGUGUUAGCAUCUAUUCAUGAAGUUAUGCCAUAUUACAUAUCACAUCGUAGAUUAUUAAAACAAAUUAUAUCAGCCAUAACAAAUGUUUGGGCAAGUUCAAAUUCCAUAGAUAUACAAAUUGCAUCAUUUGCAUUUAUUAACAAUAUAGUCAGAGAAUAUCCAAAAUCAUUAUUAGAAAAUGUUUUAAAGUCAUCAUAUCAAUCCUUUUUACAACAUUGUCGUAAAACAAAUGUUCAUACAAUGGAUAGAAUUAAUUUUUGUAAGAAUUCAUUAGCUGAAUUAUUUGGUGUUGAUUCAACUAUUGGGUAUCAAAUUGGGUUUGAGUAUGUUAGACAAUUAGCAAUACAUUUGAGAAAUAGUAUAAAUGGUAAAGGAGGAGCAGCAGCUAUAUAUAAUUGGCAAUAUUGUCAUUCAUUAGAUUUUUGGUCAAGGGUUUUAGCGAUAAACGAGGUGGGAAUCAAUCAAUUAAUAUAUCCAUUAGUUCAAGUUACUUUGGGGGCUAUAAGAUUAAUACCGACAGCUCAAUUUUUCCCAUUAAGAUUUUAUUUGAUUAGAUCAUUGUUAAGGUUGAAAAAUGUAUAUAUCCCAAUCUUCCCAUUACUUUUUGAAAUAUUAUCAUCAACAGCAAUUACAAAAUCCCCAAAACCUUCGGGUAAUUUACAAUUUGUUGAUUUUGAACAUAACAUUAAGGUAAAUCAAGCAUAUUUAGGUACAAGAAUAUAUCAAGAAGGAUUAUGUGAACAAUUCAUUGAAUUAACAUCAGAAUUUUUCGGAGUAUAUGCUAAAAAUAUUGCAUUUCCCGAAUUAAUCACACCAGCAGUACUUUCAUUAAGAAGAUUUACCAAAAAAUCAAAAAAUAUUAAAUUUAAUAAACAAUUGAAUCAAUUAAUUGAAAAACUAAAUGCAAACGCUUUGUUUGUUAAUGGUAAAAGAUCAAAUAUUGAAUACGGUCCUUCAAAUAAACAAGAAGUUAAAACUUUUUUAGCUGAUUAUGAAUGGGAUAAAACACCACUUGGUCAAUAUAUAAUUGUUCAAAGACAAUUGAAAGAGGAAAGAACAAAAUUAUUGAAACAAGCGCAAGAAGAUGAAAAAAAUGCGAAAAAGAAAGAUGAAGAGGAAGAUGAUGAAUAA